UCGUGGCUGUGCCAUGGAAAAAACUGCAUGGCUUGGGCAUGCAUGCAUAUUGCGUGACGCACAUGGGCGGCCUCCCAGCCUUGUCCCGUCACAUAUAGUACAGCCCCGAAAUAUAUAUUCAAACCCACUCUGAUCAAAAGUUACUACAUCAUGCCAAGGCUUCACUCAUGUCAUCAAAGCAAUCUACCUACCAGGCGUCUCCAGUAAAUGCAUCUUCAUGUUCAACUUCAACCGCUGCCGCUGCCGCCAAAGAGACCGCAGUCGGCGGUUCAACCCCAACAGAGCAGGAUAUCUUGCGGAAACCCUGGAAGCACAUCGGCUACAGAGGCUACUCGGACUUUCUUGCCUCUGACAAUGACUUCUUCGUACUUCGGCGCUUUAAUACGCUCAACGUUCGAAUCGCUUUAUUACUUCAAGAUGAGUUAGCGGCUCUCGAGAGUGAAUUGUCGGAAAUGGAUGCAAACUAUAGUAAUAAAGAUGCGGUAGAUAUCAACAAUGGAACAUUGAGAUGUGACCAAGAAGACCGUAUCGAACUAUUGGAGGAAAUUAGACAAAAGCUGCGGCACUAUAAUGAGUUUAUACUGCAGCAAACUGCGAUGAAGAAAUAUCAAUCUACACCACUUCGGGUGGUUAAGUUUAUUCGAAACUGGCAUCAUAAUCACGACUAUAGUGCGAUAAACAAAGUUGAACAAGAGUAUCUGGAGGCCGAAAAAGACCUAAUUUCCAUAGCUGCAAAGGACAAGAUGCCCGUGCGACAGCUUAUCGAUCAGUCGCGCCGACUACGGACACUUUCAAUAUGGAAGCAGAAUAACCCGGAUACUCCAGACCACGACGCCCCCUACGUCACGUACUACUCCGACAAGCGUAUCGAUAGCUUCGCUUCUGGUAUCAUCGUAGCGAUCGGUGUCAUUAUGCUUAUUGCCCCUCUCUGGAUUCUUCAGUUUCUAGCGGGUUCGGUCCACAAACUAAUUGUUAUUACGCUAUUCGUCUUCGUUUUCUUGAUCAUAUUAUCAAUUGCCAUGGCUGCAAAACCGUUUGAAGCUUUGGGGGCAACAGCUGCGUACGCGGCCGUCUUGAUGGUUUUCUUACAAUUCGGCAACUCUAGUUCGUAGUGGAGAUGGUUCCAAAUGGUUUCGCUGUGUUGGAUUUACAAAAAGGAGUGAAUAUCUAUAGGGACCUCAGGAUAUAAAAAGGGGGCUAUCUAAGAGCCUCCGCAUGACAGG